AAAGACGGAAGUGAACUUUUCAGUGUUGGAGCAACUUUGUCGAUUAAAAACUUUCUGAUUCGAAGUGCAAAUUGGUGGUUUCAGGCGACAAAGCUUUUUCUUUUUAACUUUUGUUUUUUCUUUAAACCUGCCUUGGCCGACAAAGUCAGCACGGAGGCGGAAAUGGUCGCCACCAUCGCGAACGUCGACGUAAAGCAGGCAAGAAAAUCAAAAGAAAGACGCCGAGCAAGCGCUGGCGGUGGCCAUCUCGUGCUCGGCGGCGUUGGACGAUGCCGACGGCGACGAGGUGCACGGCGUGGGCGUGGCCUUCCCGCUGAUGAAGGCACUGCAGAAUGUGAAUCGGCGUCUGGUGGCGGCAAAUUCUGCUGAGUCGUUGCUUUUUGACGUAGUUCUCGUGACCACCGACGAGCGGCGGCGCCGGCAGAACGCUCGCAUAGUGAGCAGCACCAAACAUCACGGUCUGGAAGUGAGCCGCUUCUGUUUUUCGGGUCCGGAGGACUUUGUGGCCAGUUUGCUUGAAAAUCGGGUGCAGCUUUUCGUCAGCGCAGAGCCGGAGGAGGUGUCGCGGGCGUGCCGAGGAGGCGUUCUGUCGGCGCUGCUGUGCCGCCGCCAAACCGGGCCGAGCCCGUCGGAGCAGCUCCGAGUUUUGCUGUGCGCCGACGACUUCGCGACGACGCCCGCCGGGCCCGCUCCGGCCGCGAAGCGCUUCUGGUCCCAGCUGAGCGCCAUGCGGGGGCGUUUCGGCGCCCUGGACAGUCCCGUCAGCAUUUCGGUGAUGACGGCGCACGGCGGGCGCCACAGUUUCAGCGACAUCCUGGCGACGCUUCGCUCCGCCGGCCUGAAGGCGGACGAGGCCCACUGCUUGGCCGGAGCCCCCCGUGGGCCGAUCCUGGACCGGCUCAGACCUCACUUCCUGCUCGGUGACGGCGGCCCGAGGCCCUGAAAUCGACCGCUCGGCGGCUCUCGCCUGUUUUCGUUUUUCUGUCCAACUUGGCUCCUUGUGGACUGUUCACGCUAUCAUAUUUUAAUAGUCUUAAUUUAAUAAGAUUAUGGCCUUGCUAUUGUUGCUCUGGUGUAAUAAAGUCCAAAGAGGAAUGUUUUA